GUGCAUUACUUGCGUUUUUGUACACAGAUUCCAGAUGUUUCGUGUUGUGUGAUUGUGGAUUUCUUUGCUAGAAGCUUCAUUUUGUUUAAAAUCUGAUACUAGGACGUACAAAUGACGUGUACCUUCUGUCAUAUGGUAUGUUUAUUUUCAGGCAAGUGGUUUCCCUACGUAACCUUCCACCGGUAUCAAAACCAUAAAUAGUGUGUUUUCUCAACGAACUCCGUCGACUACCUUUAUCGCCUAAAAUCGACACAGUCUAGCAGGCGCGUCGAGGUGCAGUGACAAUCGAUUCGUGACAGGUACAACACCACAGGCUGCUCGGAACAUUCAGUAGAACGAUGGCUCCACUACGAUGGGGAAUUGCAAGUGCUGGCAAGAUUUCGCACGAUUUCGCGAACGCCGUCGGAACGCUGCCGGCAACGGACCAUCGAGUAGUGGCUGUGGCUGCCCGAAAGUUGGCGGAUGCUGAAAAAUUUGCUGCCCUGCACGGCAUAGGAACGGCACACGAAGGAUACGACGCGUUGGCUAAAAAUCCGGACGUUGAUGUCGUUUACAUUGGGGCGGUUAAUAACGCACACUACGAGCUGGUGCUGCUGAUGCUGGAGCACGGAAAACAUGUGCUGUGCGAGAAGCCGCUCUGCCUGAACGAAGGCCAAUCGAAGCGACUCGUCAAGCGAGCGGCCGAGCAGAAGCUCUUCCUGAUGGAAGCUAUCUGGUCGCGGUUUUUCCCGUUUUAUCGCCAGCUCCGGGAGCGUAUUGACCGUGGAGAUCUAGGUAAGAUUGAAGAGGUGGAAGUAGAGUUCGGAUUUGUGCUAUCCGACAUCGAUCGCUUGCGGCUCAAAAGUCUCGGAGGAGGUACCGUGCUGGAUCUGGGUGUCUACACGAUCCAGGUUUGUUUGUGGGCGUUCGGUGGUACGGCCCCAGAAAAAGUGGUGGCAUCUGGUGUGACGAACGAUGAGGGUGUUGAUGUGGAGGUUACGGCUGAAUUGCACUUUCCUGGCGGCGGUGUUGGACGUAUGAAAACGAGCGCUUUGCAUCAGUUGAAGAAUACUGCGGUAGUGCGAGGAAGCAAGGGCAAUAUAACAUUACAUGACUUCUGGUGUCCGUUGAAGCUUACCGAUUUGGACGGUACAAUACAAGAAGACAAGUUACCAGUCGCUCGUCAUCCGUUCAACUUCAUGAACAGUUCCGGAUUAAGAUACGAAGCGGAGGAGGUACGGCAAUGCAUUACAGCCGGUCGAUUGCAAUCGACGUCUGUGACACAUAUUGACAGCUUGCGCAUCGCACACAUUCAGGAUGAAAUUCGGAAGCAGGUAGGCGUUGUCUUCCCGGAAGAUGCCCAAUUUGCCUUGUGAGCGUGAAAGCUCCUUAGGUUAAUUAAAAGAGUAUGAAUGUACUUUUCCUGCAAGCAACCGUCAAACAAGUACAUGAACAAAUUAAAUGAAACAAUAAAAUAGAAAUGUAAUAUCCUCAAAGGCUAGCCAAACCCAGUUCGUUUGAAAAGUUCAUUCCCUUAGGGAAACCAGUUCUUUUAAUAUAUUUGUAAUUCAUCGUUUUGUGUUAUUUAUUAAUCUGAAUAAUAAACUUUAAUUUUGGGGCUUUUAAAA